ACGACAAAGGCCACAAAAGUAAACUUGACCACUUCAUCUCGCUUAACCCUCCUUCUCUCCCACUCUCUCGACUCGACCCCGCUUCCGGGAAGCUCGUCAGCCAUGGAGGACGCAGACGAAAAUUCCAUGUUCGAGACUAGCCAUGUCCUCGGCGCGCUGCUGGCCUCCUCGCCGCUGCUGGCGCGCGCCUGGGACCGGUGCGCGGCCGCCACCGCGAUGGGCGCCGCUUCCUCCGGGUUCUUGCACAGCGGCGGCGAUGUGGACGGGGGCACGGUCUACGUAGCCUUCUCGGGGGUGCAGGCCGCCCUGUCGGUGGCGGGCGCCGCGGCGGUGGCGAGCGGCGCCGACGUGUUCGCGCCGGUCGAGCUCCGCGGCGACGCGGCCGGGGCAAGGGUCUUUCCGCAGCUGGCCGCCGCCGAGCCGGAUGCCGGCGCCGGCGACGGGGAUUCGGUCGCCGUCCAGGCGCUGGCGCUGAGGUGCUUCGUCAAAUUGUGCGGCUCACCGGAAUUUCAGAUGCUGCUGAAUCAGAUAAAGGGCAAGGAGGUGGUGUUCACGGGCCACUCCCUCGGUGGCGCCAUCGCUGCUCUUGCCGCGCUGCACUACCUCUGCAUCUCAUCGUCAAGUCAAGCAUCCGCCCCAGUUCCUCCGGUGCUAUGCGUCACAUUUGGGAGCCCGUUGCUUGGCAACGAGGCUCUCUCCCGGGCUAUCCUUCGUGAGCGAUGGGGCGGCAGCUUCUGCCAUGUCGUCUCGCAGCACGAUGUUGUCCCGAGGCUCCUCUUCUGCCCCCUCGAUGCUGUUCCUGUACGCAUCAUCGUCGGGAUGCAGCUGCAGCAACGGCUGGGGUGCACUCGCCAUGCCUGCGCGGUGUCGGUGCGUGUGACGGAAUCCGAGCAGGAGGCGCUGCGGCAACUGGUACAGGCACACAUCCGCUCUGUGGCCAUGGAGCAGAAGCUCGCAGCUCCAGAGACACGUGGCGGGAGCCCUUACCGGCCGUUCGGGACCUAUGUGUUGUGCUCGCUAGACGGUGCAGCGUGCGUUGACAGCCUGACCGCGGCUGUCCAGAUGCUCUAUGCCACUUUUGCUGCCAGGUGCGUGCCAGGCAGCGUGACAUCCCUGGAGGCUGCACACUCCUGCUAUGGUGAUCUUGUGCUUAAAAUGCCGCAGCAGUUGCUCUUCAAGCGGCGUCCGAACUCCAUUGACGCACCAGUGAUGGUGUUCAACUCCAACUACGACGCUGGCAUCUCCCUUGCGCUCGAGGCUUCCGGCAUCCACCGCGAGGCAACAGAGGGCACCACGGCACGGCACUGGCUGAAGGCAUCGAAGCGGGCUGGGCGCAGCCCAAGCCUGAAUUGCGCGGGGCUUGCGAUGAGGCUGGGUAAGAUCACGCCGUCCCGGGCGCAGAUCGAGUGGUACAAGGCGUCGUUCGAUGCCGACAUGGGGUACUAUGACGCAUUCAAGCUGCAGAGGUCAACCAAGAAGUUCCACCAUGCCAACAUGUGCCGCCACAAGCUGGCUCAGUUCUGGGAUGGCGUGCUGUCCAUGCUCGACAACAGCCAGCUCCCCCAUGACUUCCACCGUCGUGCCAAGUGGGUUAACGCUGCCCGCUUCUACCAGCUGCUUGUCGAGCCCCUUGACAUCGCCGACUACCACCGCAACAACCUCCACAAGACAAGAGGUAGCUACAUCAGUCAUGGCCGCGAGAGAAGAUAUGAACUGUUUGACAAGUGGUGGAAGGAGAGGGACGCCUUGGCUGGAAUGGGUGACGCCUCAACCACAGCAAACAGGUUGAGGAGCAAGUACGCGGGUCUGACGCAGGACCCAUGCUUCUGGGCGAGAGUGGAGGAGGCACGUGAGUUGACGGAGAGGGCCAAGGUCGAGCACGACGUGGCGUCACUGGCGAUGAAGCUAGGGAGCUUAAGAGAGUUCGAGCGCUACUCUGGUGAGCUGGUGGAGAGCAAGGAGGUGUCUAUCGAUGUCCUCGCACCACAGUCGAGCUACACCUUAUGGGUGGUGGAGUGGAAGGAGCUCAAGCUUAAAGAUGAAAUAAGGACAGCAUUAUUGUUCCAGAUCUGAACUUACUGGAACAGCUCAAGAAUUUUAAUUUUUGCCGCUAGUUUUAGGUAAGGUAGUAUAGGGUACAGGUGAUUGCAAAUAUGCAUAGGCUUGCAGACUGCAGAGGCACUGCACUAUGAUGUUAUAUCUGUUCUUUAUCUUGCAUCUUGAUGCUGACUGGUUUAGUUACUUCUUAGUCAAGCCAUGUUGUGAUCUCCAUGAUUUAGCAUCAAGGUGGUUGCAAUUGUAUAUAGAUUCCAUGUAUGAUCAGUGUCUUGUUGCAAGUAUCUUUGUAUGUUCCCAAGCAAACUGUGAGAUGAGUCCUUGCAACAAUAAUACAGUAGCUACAUUCUCUGUUCA